ACCUGGCUGCUUCACGAAGGAAUAAUCUGCUUUAAAUCCUCACUCACGAUGCCUUUUCAGCUCCAAUGACAAGUCUGACAGCUGGCAAGUUGUCAUUGUUGGAAAUUCUUCCGUGUAAUGACAAUGUUGGGCAUGUACGUCCCAGACAGAUUUUCUCUGAAAUCGUCAAAGGUCCAGGAUGGAAUCGGUCUUUACACGGCGCGACGAGUGAAAAAGGGAGAAAAGUUUGGCCCUUUUGCCGGCGAGAAGAAGCUGCCGAGUGAGCUGGAUGAAAGCUUGGAUACGAGACUGAUGUGGGAGGUCCGUGGCAGUAAGGGAGAUGUGCUGUAUAUUCUGGAUGCUAGUAACCCUCGCUAUGCCAACUGGCUGCGGUUUGUCCAUCAGGCGCCUUCAGAAGAGCAGAAGAACUUGGCUGCCAUUCAGGAUGGUGAAAAUAUCUUCUACCUGGCUGUGGAUGACAUAGAGACAGACACAGAGCUUCUGAUCGGUUAUCUGGACAGUGAUAUGGAGGAAGAGGAGGAGGAGGAAGAAGAUGAGGAGGUCAUCAAAGAUGAUGAGAACAGUAAAGAUGCCAAACAUCUUGUAGAAAAAGAACUAGUAAUAAAAAAGGAGGACCACCCUUGCUUGUUGUGUGAGAGCAGUUUUCCCAGUGAGGAGAUCCUGGCCGCUCACCUCCAGAGUCUGCACCAGAGACCCAGCACAGAGGAGAAGGAGUUCAAAUGCAGAAACUGUGGCAAGAAGUUCCCCGUCAAACAGGCCCUGCAGCGCCAUGUUUUGCAUUGCUCUGAAUCACUGGAUCCAUCAGGCAAUUUUAAAGUGCACCAGUGCUCCCUGUGUCACAACACGUUCAGCUCAGAGUCCAGUUUUGAGCAGCACAAGGAAGCCUGUAAAGGAGACGCCAGGUUCAUCUGUAAGGCGGAGAGUUGUGGCAAAAGAUUUAAGAGCAAGGAUGCCUUGAAGAAGCAUAAAGGGAACGUUCACACAGGGAGUGCACGGCGGAAACUCACAUGCACCAUAUGCAACAGAAAAUGCUCCUCCUCACUGACUCUACAAGAACAUCGCAAGGUCCAUGAGAUAGUCGAGUGCCACGCGUGCGACAAAAAGUUUAUUUCUACCAAUCAGCUGAAGCGCCAUAUGAUCACGCACUCGGAGAAGCGGCCUUACACCUGUGAGAUCUGCAGCCGUUCCUUCAAGCGUCUGGACCAGGUGACUGCUCAUAAGAUCAUCCACAGCGAGGACAAACCCUACAAAUGCAAGCUGUGCUGGAAAGAGUUUGCCCACCGCAGUGUUUAUAAGAACCACAAGAAGACACACUCUGAAGAAAGGCCAUUCCAAUGUGAGGAGUGCAAGGCGCUGUUUCGCACCCCUUUUUCUCUCCAGCGUCACUUACUCAUCCACAAUAGUGAGAGGACAUUCAAGUGUGACCACUGUGAUGCCACCUUCAAGAGGAAGGACACACUGAAUGUCCACAUCCAGGUGGUGCAUGACGGUCAUAAGAAGUAUAAGUGUGACCUGUGUGAGAAGGCUUUUGUCACACCUUCUGUCCUCAAGAGCCACAAGAAGACACACACAGGGGAGAAGGAGAAGAUCUGCCCAUACUGUGGUCAAAAGUUUGCCAGUAAUGGCACGCUAAGGGUUCACAUCCGCAGUCAUACAGGUGAGCGCCCAUACCAGUGUCCCUACUGUGACAAGGCUUUCAGCAAAAAUGAUGGCCUGAAGAUGCACAUCCGUACACACACUCGAGAGAAACCGUAUAAAUGCAGUGAGUGCAACAAAGCUUUCAGCCAGAAGAGAGGACUGGACGAACAUAUGAGGACUCACACGGGAGAGAAACCUUUCCAGUGCGAUGUGUGUGACCUGUCAUUUAGCUUGAAGAAGAUGCUCAGCAGACACAAGCUCACACACAACCCUAACCGGCCCAUGGCAGAGUGCCAGCUGUGCCGUAAGAAGUUCACUAGGAAUGACUACCUCAAAGUACAUAUGGAGAACGUCCAUGGAGAAAUGGAGAGUUAGAGCCAGUUAUACAAGUAUGGACUGAAAAUGAUCUGAUUGUUCAGAUAAAAAGCUCACUCUGAUGCUUUAUGGAACCAACAUGGGCUUAUUACAUACUGUAUGAAUCGUUACUGUAUGUUCGAUGGAUAGAUAGCAGAAUGUUGCUAUGAAAAAUGCACACAUGUAGUAUAUGGAAAACAUUAAGGAGUGUAUCUCGACUGUACAUUUGUAAUUUUCUUAGUCGUACUGUUUCAAGUUGUUUUGGAUAAUUGAGCAAACUAAAUCCCAAAUGUCUUUGAUCUGCCUCCAGAACUGCUGUGUUUGGUUGCAGAGGACGUGAUGGAAAUGACAUGUAGUGUUUCUGAAAUUUAACCAGUAUUACUGUACAGAGUCUAACAGCCUGACCUCUAUCACUUUAUUAUUUACUGACAAACUCAAUACCUUAAUGUACAUCUGGGCAGAAAAUAGCUGAUGAUUCAGAUGCUUGUAGGAAUAUUCAAUAUAUUAGCCGUUAGUUUAUACAAGUAUCAGAAAUAAUCUCAGACAUCAAAGUUUGUUAAAAUCAAAGGAAACAAUUACCAGUUACUUCUUUUGAUGGACCAGCUAUCCAAAAUCCAACUUAAUCCAACAGUUUUCAACAACCAGUCAGAGCCCAUUCAUUUAAAUUAUGUAUUUAAAUAUAAAUCAGUGCAGCUGUGAGGCAAUAUACCAUUUUGAUGCUGCAUAAAACCAGUUCAAGAACAAGUUCAAAAGUGGUUUAAAAGGAUUUUUUAAAAAGCUGUUUAAAAUAGAUCCUCUUAAAUUUAUACAUACUGUCACGAUUUAGCCCUGAUCUGGGUCGUGAUUCCAUUUUUUCCCAUUUUGUUUGUUCACCAUCUGCCCCAGCUUUAUUUUAUUAGUUGUUAAUUUUUCAUCAUGUGUUUAUUCUCUGUUCUGUUUUGC